AUGCGGUCCAUCAAGCGCACACACGCCCGGCUCCCCCUCCGCAAUCCCCUCCGUCUCCUCUCCACCACCAGCGGCCUACAAUCCUCGUCGCAACCCUCGUCGGCCGCCCCCAAUGUCACGCCAAUCACCUCCCUCCUGAUCGCCAACCGCGGCGAGAUCGCCCUGCGCAUCCACCGCACCGCCAGCAGGCUUGGCAUCCGCACCACGACGCUCUACACCGACGUUGACGCCACCUCGCAGCACGCCACCUGCACGCCCUACAGCCUCGCCCUGGGAGCCCCCUCGGCCUACCUCGACGGCGAGCGCAUCAUCGCCCUCGCCCGCCAGCACGGCAUCCAGGCCCUGCACCCGGGGUACGGCUUCCUGAGCGAGAACGCCGCGUUCGCGCGCCGCUGCGAGGAGGCGGGCAUCACCUUUGUCGGCCCGCCCGCCGCCGCCAUGGCCGACAUGGGCGACAAGGCCCGCAGCAAGGAGAUCAUGACCGCCGCCGGCGUGCCCUGCGUGCCGGGCUACCACGGCGACCAGCAGGGCGCGGCGCAGCUCGCCGCCCGCGCCAGGGAGAUCACGUACCCGGUGCUGCUCAAGAGCGUCAAGGGCGGCGGCGGCAAGGGCAUGCGCAUCGUGCACGCCGAGGCCGAGUUCGAGGCCCAGCUGCGCAGCGCGCGCGCCGAGGCCCGCGCCUCGUUCGGCGAGGGCGGCGAGGUCAUGCUCGUCGAGAAGUACAUUGUGCGCCCGCGCCACGUCGAGGUGCAGGUGUUUGCCGACCGGCACGGCGGCUGCGUCGCCCUCGGCGAGCGCGACUGCAGCGUGCAGCGCCGCCACCAGAAGAUCCUCGAGGAGUCGCCGGCCCCCCUGCUCGACGACGCGCUGCGCCGCGACCUGUGGGACAAGGCGCGCACGGCGGCCCUGGCCGUCGGCUACGUCGGCGCCGGCACCGUCGAGUUCAUCCUCGACCGCGACACGGACCGCUUCUACUUCAUGGAGAUGAACACGCGCCUGCAGGUCGAGCACCCCGUCAGCGAGAUGGUCACGGGGACCGACCUGGUCGAGUGGCAGCUCAAGGUCGCCGCGGGCGAGAGGCUGCCCCUGACGCAGGACGAGAUCGAGGCGCGCAUCGCCGAGCGCGGCGCCGCCAUCGAGGCGCGCAUCUACGCCGAGAACCCGGAGAAGGGCUUCAUGCCCGACUCGGGCCGGCUCGUGCACCUGGCCACGCCGGCGACGGGCGAGGACGUGCGCAUCGACGUCGGCUUCGUGCAGGGCGACACCGUGUCCGAGGCCUACGACGGCAUGAUCGCCAAGCUCAUCGUGCGCGGCAAGGACCGCGAGACGGCGAUCCGCAAGCUCGAGCUGGCGCUGCGCGAGUACGAGGUCGUGGGGCUGAGCACCAACAUCGAGUUCCUGAAGCGGCUGUGCCGCAGCCGCGCCUUUGUCGAGGGCGACGUCGAGACGGGCUUCAUCGACAAGUGGCGCGAGGAGCUGUUCCGGCCGCGCCGCGUCGAGGACGAGGUCUUUGUCCAGGCGGCGCUCGGCCUGCUCCGCAGCAGCAGCAGCAGCCAGGGCCGGCAGGAGAGCCGGCCGCACGGCGAGGGGCUCGGGUUCGGCAGCGCAGCGGCCUACGGGGAGCGCAAGUACGCGUUCAAGGUCGUCGACGGGUACAGCGAGCAGGAGGGCGAGGUCGUCGAGGUGAGCGUCACGCAGGCCGGGCGCAACCUGUUCAACGCGCGCGUGUCGCGCAAGGGCAGCGAGAUGCCGGUCGAGUUUGACAGCAUCGUCAGCGAGCCGCUUUCUUCUUCAUCAUCAUCGUCAUCGUCGACGCCGGGAUCGACGUCGAAUACCCUGCGGACGUACUUCCCGCUGUCGCGCGUCGAGACGACGCUCGUGGCCGACCCGACCAACGAGCAGAAGCUGUCGGUCUUCCAGCUCGGCACCAAGACGGAGCUGGCGCUGGUGCAGCCCUCGUGGUUCGAGAAGGCGCUCGGCCUCAAGGAGGUCGCCGGGUCGGUGGCGGCGCCCAUGCCGUGCAAGAUCCUGAGGAACGAGGUCGAGGAGGGGCAGACUGUUGAGAAGGGCGCGCCGUUGGUGGUUAUCGAGUCGAUGAAGAUGGAGACUGUCAUCAGGUCACCGCAGAACGGGACGAUCAAGAAGCUGGCGCAUAAGGAGGGCGAUAUCUGCAAGGCUGGCACGGUCUUGGUGCUGUUUGAGGAGGAAGAGGGAUCGUCUGAGUCAUGA